UUAAAAAAAAAAAAAAGGAGGAAAGAAACAAAAUAACAAUUGUAUUUCCUCUCAAAUCUAUCUAGCCCUACUAGGUUUUUAUACGUUGCUGCCCACUGUCCCGAUCCCUCUCUCUUUUCCCCCAAAACCCUUCCUCCUCCAUACUCUCUUCACUUUUUCCAGAUCUUCAAACAAUGAAGAAAAGACUCAGAGAGUCCAAAACUCCCCUUAUUGACACUAUCAUAACAACACAAGGCGGUGGCACUUGUUUAAUAAAACAUUUAGCUUCAUGUAACUCUUCCAUAAGGUCUAAAGCCUUCACACAUCUCCAAACAUGGCUUAUAACACAAACUCAACUCACUGAUGAUGAUAUGAAAAAGCUUUGGAAAGGUCUUUUUUACUGUCUUUGGCAUUCUGAUAAAGCACCUAAUCAAUCUUUGCUUAUUAACCGUAUUUGUUCUAUGGUCACGAAUCUUGAUUUUAGUCUUUUUUUGCAUUAUUUUACUGAUUUCUUGAUUACCCUUAGAAGAGAAUGGAAUGGUAUUGAUCAUUUGAGGUUGGAUAAGUUUUACUUGCUUAUUAGGAUGUUUAUUAGGUCUGUGUUUGAGUUGAUGAAGAAGUGUGGUUGGGAUUUGGAGAUGAUAGGGAAAUGUAGUGGGGUUUUGGAAGAUAACGCGUUUCUCGCGACGGAUAAUUUGUUGGGUCAUGGGGUUAAUUAUCAUAUUGCUUCUGUUUUUCUUGAUGAGUUAAAAGGGUGUUUUAUUCCGGUCCGAGAUGACGUGGUUGUUUGUUUGUUUAAGCCUUUUUUGAGUGUGUUAGGGAAGUCUGAGGAUAAAAUUAUGGUUGGGAAAGUGAAAAGUUGUGUUUUUGAGGAGUUGUUGAGGAUGGGGAGGAGUUUGUUGGAGAGGAGGAAGGAAGGUGUGGAGGGGGAUGAGAGCUACGGUGACAUGGCAUUUGGGGUUAUUGCGUUGAAAACAGGGUUUUCGGGGAAGCUUUUUGAGGUUGGUUCGUCGGUGGAUUGUGUUCAGGGUAAUAGGAAGGUGGUUUUGAAGUUGCACGAGGAGUUCUUGAGGUUGGAGAAGGAGUUUGAAGCUUCGGGGAUUGAAUUUAGUCUGCCUGAGGUGAAUGAGUUUGUUGAUGACGGUGAAGAGGUGCCUCAGUUAAUACCGAUUGAGAAUGGUUUGACUGGUGAAGUGGGUGAUUCGGAAGUGGCCAAGGAUGAGAAUGAUGAUGAGACUUUAAGGAAAUGCAAGAAGGUGAAGAGAGCAGAGGAUGGAGGUAGUAAAAAGGCUAAGAAGAAAGAAAAGAAAAAGAAGGUUUCCGAGAAUGACACUUUGGUUGAGGAGAAUGGGAUCAAUGAGCUCGAGAGUAGUAAACAGAGGAAGAAGAAAAAGAAGGUUUGUGAGAAUGGAACUUCGGUUGAGGAGAAUGGGACCAAUGAGAUCGAGAGUAGUAAACGGGGGAAGAAGAAAAAGAAGAACAAAAAAGGGCUUUCAGAUAAUUUACCUGUUGUGGAGAACAAAGAGGAGAAUAUGAUUGCUGUUAAUGGUGAUAGUUCCUACUAUGAGCUGGACAUUGAGAACAAAGUGACUUUUAAUGAAGAUGUGAUGUCAAAUCUUCAGAUGCAGUUUGAAAAGGUUGCUGCUGAAGUUGCUUCAGACGAUGACGAUAACAAUGAUUCAUAUCACACACCUACAAUUUCUGUGAAAAAGAAGAGAAAGAGAGGGAAAAAAGCUGAGGAAAUAGAGUCAUGUAUCUCUCUCAUAAGUGGUGAAGGGGAUGCUGGUGCAAAGAGCGCAGAGAAAAGUUCAAAGAAGGUUAGGUUUGCUAUGAAGAACAACCUGGUAUGGAAGCCAAACAGUCCAAUGCCUCCACAAAACUUACGGUUGCCACCUACUGUUACUCCCCGAGGUAGUGCUUUGAAGAAGGGAGUGCCCCCCGGCCCCGUUAGAGAGAUGUCUUCCUCCACCAAGAAGAUGAAACAGAAAAAGAAAGGUCGCAAGAUACUAAGGACUGUCUCCCCUGCCAUGAAGCGACUGAAAAGGAUGAAAGUGAUGUCUGCUUCGUAAAGUCUAAGUUGGCCGCAGGUGCUUGUUCGUUAACUAUUUUUUAAAAUACAUUGUGUUAUUUGAGAUUUUUUAAAUCCCAUCCGGGACUGAUAUUUCUUCUGCUUAGGAUUGUUGGUAGUUUUUUUCCGGAUUAAACACUAAAGUUCCUUCGAAGAAAUUUGUUUAAGUAGAGUUGGUCUUUGAAUUACUCUGUUGUUGUAUGACGGACCAUCAUGUUAAAUGCUUUUAUGCUUCUUUCUCCUU